GUUACCGGUCACCACCCCAUCUUUUUCCAUUCUCUCCAUAAAAAAGCCUCCCCCUUUGCCCUCCCUGAGCAGAAACAACUCCCUAAAGUCCCAAACUUUAACACUUACCCAUAAACCAUCAGACUAUUAUGCGCCGCGCACUAUUCCCCUCCUCUCUCCUUCUCCACAACCCGCCCUAAACACCACCGCCGUCGCCGGCAACCAGCACCCAAUGCUGGUUUCUAUUUUGUUAGCCCUUUUUCUGCCGUGUGUCGGCAUGAACGCGGUUUUCAUUGUUUAUAUCUGUCUAUUAUGGUACGCCACGAAUUAUCGGGUUGAUAAUUCAGGGUCGUCGUCGGUUAAGCAGGUGGGUGAGAAAGGGUGGCCUGUUUCGGAGCUCGAGAAGCUGCCCAAGGUUACCGGGAAGGACCUUGUGUUGGGGACCGAAUGUGCGGUUUGUCUCGAUGAGAUCUUGGCGGAUCAGUUGGCCAGAAUGGUUCCCGGUUGUCGUCACGACUUUCAUUUGCAAUGUGUUGAUGCUUGGCUCUCGAAGCACUCGGUUUGUCCUCUUUGUAGGGCCAAGCUUGAGCCUGAGUUGUUCGAUCCUAGUGAUGGUAAUCCCUGCUAAACCUUGUUUGAGUAUAAAGUUCAGUGUUUUGGGUGUUUACAUAAAGGGUUUUCCUAGAAAGAGAUCAAGAAAAAUGUUAGUGUUUCACUUUCAUCUAUGUAUGGGUUAUCGUUGCUCUUCUGAUUUAUCGAUAUUUCAUUAGUUGAAUCAAUUCUCAUUGAUACUAAUGUA